CACCAAAGCUUCACCUAAAACUCAAUGUCAAAAAUGCCUUGAAUACGGUCAUUGGCGUUUACAAGCUUCACAUUCCCUUUGUGUGAUGCAGACCUAUGAAUGCAAGAAUGAACGAGUGUACAAACCUCGUCCGACCAGAACUCAACAACUUACAAAACCGCUAAAACCAAUAUCUGUUGAACUUCCGGACGAAUUGGGAAUAAAAAAGGAUGUACCGGAAAAAUUGGAGAAAUCAGAUGACGUAAAAGAAAGUAAAAGAAAAAAACGAAAAACAGAGUAA